UCUCGCAACCCCUCCACCACACACAUCCACCCACACCCGCCGCCGCCACAGCCAAUCCAUCCAACCCCUUCUUCCUCCUCCCGCUGCUCUCCCCCUUCAUUCCUCCAAACCCUAGCUCAAACCCUAAUGUCCACCACCGCGCAACCCCCGGUCUCCCCGUCCGGAGACUCCUCACCGACUUCUUCCGGCUCAUCCUCCCCCUCCCCGUCCCCUUCCUCCUCCUCCACCGCCGCCGCCGCCGCCGCCGCCGCUGGCUCCGACGAGCCCGCCCUUCUCGGCCAAGCCACCUCGACUUCCACCCCCUCUGCCGCCGGGGAUGACGCCGCCGUCCCAACAUCGCCACAAAUGGGCAUGUAUUUCGAGACGGAGGACGAUGCGUACGAGUUCUACAAGGCCUACGCCGCCCGCCUUGGCUUCGUCGUCCGCAAGUCCAACAAGUCCAAGAACUCCCGGCACACCGUCACCCGUCGCCUCUUCGUCUGCUCCAAGCAGGGAUUCCGCCAGGAACCCAAGAAGCCCCAAGAAGAGACCAACGCCACCGACGUUGCGGCUGCCGCCUCGCCACCGCCUCCCAGGUGCCCAGACUCCCGCACCGGCUGCCUGGCGUCCCUCACCAUCAAGCUCAUCCCUUCAGCCAAUGCCUUCCGCGUCACCGAAUUUGUCGCCGAGCACAACCACCCGCUGGCCUCUGCGGCGCCCGCUGUGUCGCUGGCCAUGAUGCCAUCGAGCUCAUCGCACCACGCCGUCGCUGCUGUGGCAAGCUUGCCCGAUCCGAGGGAAGGGCCGCACACGGACAUGCACUUUGAGACGGAAGACGACGCGUAUGCCUUCUACAACCGGUAUGCCGAGCAUGUGGGCUUCAGCGUCCGCCGCUCGUACAAGAAGCGCAAGCGUGGGACGAUCGUGUCUCGGAUCUUUGUAUGUUCCCGUGAGGGUGUCAGUGACCGUGCCAAGCAUGAGGGCCUGGCCAGUAUCAGCACCAGCAGUGCUGGUGCAGGGGCACCAGGCACACCUAGGCCAGGCCCACCGCCAACACGGACAGGGUGUCAGGCAAGAAUGGUGGUCAAGAUCACCCCAUGCCGAACAUAUCGGGUUGCAAAGUUCUUCCCGGACCAUAACCACCCGCUCGCAAACUCAGAGACAGUCCACAAGCUGCGGUCACAUAAGAUGAAGGCUCGAGCGCACGAGCUUGGGGCAGGAGAACUGCAUCGAAGGAAACAGGGGAAGGGCGCGCAGCUUGGGGAUGCUGGUGCCGCAUUGGAAUAUUUGGAGGGGCUGCAGGUGGGAAACCCCUCGGUGUAUUAUGCGGUAGGAAUGGCGCCUGAUGGGAAUUCAGCUGUGAAUUUCUUCUGGGCUGAUUCAAAGUCAAUCAUCGACUUCAGAAGCUUUGGUGACGUUGUUUGCUUCGAUACAACAUAUGGACUGAAUGUGUAUGGGCGCCCCUUUGCAUUGUUUGUUGGUGUGGACAACCAUAAGCAGUUGCUUGUGUUUGGUGCAGCGUUGCUCUAUGAUGAUAGCAUCAAGUCAGUGAGAUGGGUAUUUCAGGCGUUUGCCGAUGCCAUGCGUGCUAGGCAGCCAAAGACUAUUUUUAUUGAUGAGCGUUCUGAAUGUGCUAUUGCAGCAGCAGAGGUAUGGCCUGGGAGUUACCAUUGCACAAGUGUGUGGCAUAUCUACCACAAUUCAAAGAGGCACCUGAAGCAGGUGUUUGAAAGCUCCAAGAGUUUUGGCAACACUUUGAGCCAGUGUCUCUUUGAGUGUGAGGAUGAGUUGGAGUUCUUGUCAGCAUGGGAAAAGCUAAUCGAGAAAUAUGACAUCGGUGAGAGUGAAUGGCUCAGCAGACUUUUCCUAGAGAAAGAAAAAUGGGCGCUGCCUUAUAGGAGAACCAUCUUUUCUGCUGAUAUACUCACUACCCUUAGGAAGGAGAAUAUGAUCAAUGAGCUCAAACGGGAGCUCAGUGAUCAAGAAGAUAUUCUGCUGUUCUUUAAGCGUUAUGAGACCAUGCUGGAAGAGCAUCGUUCAAAGAAAUUGCAUGCUGAUGUUGAUGGAAACCAGGUUACUUUGCCAAUCCCGUCCUUACGAAUGUUAAAACAAUCCUCAAAUGCUUAUACACCUGAAGCUUUCAAGAUGUUCCAGGGUGAGUUUGAGGCUUACAUGAACUGCCUGUCCUUCCCCUGCAGUGUAGUUGGCACAGUCUCAGAGUACAAAAUAGCACUUGAUGAGAAGCCAUCAGAGGGCAUUGUCAAAUUCGAUGCACUAGAUGGCUCAGCUACUUGCAGCUGCAGGAAGUUUGAAUCUGUUGGAAUCCAGUGCUGUCAUGUACUAAAGGUACUUGAUCUCAAGAAUAUCAAGGAGCUCCCAGAACAGUACAUUUUGAAGAGAUGGAGGAAAGAUGCCCGUUCUAUUAGAAUGGGAGAAGAACCUAAUGGUGGAUCUGGCAGCAUUAUGCAGUCAUCCUCCGAAGUUCGCUACGCUAACAUGUGUCGUUACGUUAGCCUAAUAGCUUCAAGGGCUGCCAAAUCAGAGGAGGCAAUGUCAUACAUCGAAGAUCAAUCAACUGUUCUUCUGAAGCAUCUAGAUGAUAUUUUACAAACAGGCUAUCCUGAGAUUGGAAAUCAUGAUGUCUCUUCAAGUAGUCAAGCGAUUUCUUUUGUAGGAAAUCAACAUCUUGACCAUACAACACAAUCAAGAGCAGUUGCACAUACAGCAAAUGGACGGACAUCCUUUUUUGGAAUUUCUCCUUGUCCUGAAUCCAAUGGACAAUUGAACGGGUCAGUUGGUUCCUUGUAGUUUUAGCCAAAUUUGGGCUGAAGUAUGGCUUUCUACAGUACCUAUAUGUUGCCAUGAUGAUGCAACCAAGUGGAUCCGGAAGACCUCAUCAUUACCAAUUUGUAUCUACAUUGUAUAUAGAUACCACAGCUGCACUCGGACCCCAGAAUUAUGUAUGGCCCCUGCCUUCCAGUUUUGUGGUAUUGUACCUGUGGAACUAACCAUGUCUGGUCAUCUCCAUGGGCGCACCGCUGCUAAACCGCAUCCUUAUGGACAGAGGACUAGUUGGUGGGGGAGACGGUAGCCCAUACUGCACCAUGAGUCCGGCUCAGAAUCUGGCAUAUCAUGUUCAAAGUCUGCAUCCAGCCAUCAAGCAGAAUCAGGGUCAUAUGCUGCUUUCGACAAGGUGAAGUUUCCAUGUGCAGUAACCCUAGAGAUGAAACGUACAAGAGAAAACAUGGCCGGGAGAUAAGGGAAGAGCCAUUGGUUAUAUGGAGAUGUAGCAAUAAGAUUUGGAAAUGGUGCAUGCAAGAGGAAGAUGGAACCAUCAACCAUGUAUUUACAGCAUUCUUAGCUGCUGCUUUGCUACCCCUUGGUUUUGAAUGGAGGGGAAUGGUAAUUCUCUGGUGUAUAUGUACCAACAUAUUCCUGUUCAUCUUGAGCUACAUAAGCUAUUGUUCACCUCCUUAUACUAUAUACUUCUUUUCCAGGGCUGUUUUUGAAUACUGUUCUGGAAUUGGAAUUCUCGCUAUUGUCACAAAGAAAAUCCAUGCCCAUUGCUAUGCUAGAGUAGGACAGUUCCAUAUGUUCUUGUACAGUAGGAUUGUUUCAUUUUAUUACUAUCUGGUUUGUUUUCCUGAAAACAUUGACAAAAUUGAUUUAAGGUACCAUGAGAGGAGGUUUGAAAUCUAAAUUGACUCGUUUCACGUAUCGUGAAUGUAAUUGUACUGUGAGUUGUAGUUGCUGUGCGCCUACACUCAUAGCUGGAUUUUUUUUUUUUUGUUCCGUGAUGUGUAGAUCAACAUAGUGGAUGCAUCUUGUGUUGUUAUUGUCA